AUGAACCAAAAAUUGAUCACCUUGCUUUCAGCAAUAAUAGCUAUUAGCUAUGUUGCUGCCUCUCCAUUCUUGUACUUCUACGGGAAUGCGUGCUUUACUUAUACUGAGUGUGUUCCUCAGCUUUUUACGUCCACUGCCGUCUCUACUUCCUUAGAAUACAUUGGCAACAGGUGUAACACUCACCGUAUUACUACUACCAAGUGCAUUCCAACUCUGUGUUGCGCUACGAAAUGUACCACUACCAGUAUCCCUUGUACCACUGCCACCACUGCCAAUUGUGACUUGUGUAUGAAUCCUCAGACCUAUACCACUAAGAUUUGCGAGUGUAACGCCUUUAACGCGUAUAUCUCAAAUUGUCCUACACACACUCUUAUUGGUACCAAGUUUUGUCUCGGUCCAUGUUCUGAAAAUAGCUGUACCAUCAAACCAACAGCCACUUUCAGUUGUUAUACCACUGUCUCUGUCGUUCCUACCUCUACCACGUCCUUAGAGUUCUAUAACGGAAACAAAUGCAGAACUCACUUGAAGCCUUGCACUAAAAAGACCACGGUUACCAUCUGCCCUACUAAAACUUGUUAUACCACUGUCACUAACAUUCCUACCACUACCACUUCCCUCGAGUUUUACAACUUAGGUUACAACUGCAGAACCCAUUACCAGCCUUGCACUAAAAAGUCCACGAUAACUAUCUGUCCUACUGCCCCGCCAACCACCAGCUGCACUACCUUCGUCACCACUGUUACCUCCUCGACCUCAUCUCUUGAGUAUUACAACUUAGGCUUAAGCUGCAAAACUCACUGGAAUCCUUGCUCCUCCAAAACCACCGUUACCCUGUGUAUGACUUUGACUCCAACUCAGACUGAUACUGUUACCGUGACUUCCACUUGGACCGGUACUUUCGAGACUACCGUCACUGCUCCAUUCACUUCUGGUGCUACUGUGAUUACGGUCACUGACUUGGUUCCAUCUGGUUCUACUAAGACUGUUACCGUUACCUCUACUUGGACCGGUACUUUCGAAACUACUGUCACUGCUCCAUUCACUUCUGGUGCUACUGUGAUUACCGUCACUGACUUGGUUCCAUCUGG